CGAAAAUUACAAGGAGUUCAUUUUACGCUUCACGUGCGGUUGGUCGCUUGUCCGGCUCGAUUCCAACGUCACCAGCGGCCCUUGCCAGCAAUUGCAGAUAUAUUCAGAUAGAACGGAAGCGCACGAAAUCACACGAGAUGGCUCUGUACGAAACCGUUGAGAAGGGCGCUAAGAAUUCGCCGAGCUACAGCCUGUAUUUCAAAAACAAGUGCGGCAAUGUCAUCUCGCCGAUGCACGACAUUCCACUGUACGCCAACGAGGAGAAAACUAUCUACAACAUGGUGGUGGAGGUGCCACGUUGGACCAACGCGAAAAUGGAGAUUAGCUUGAAGACCCCUAUGAAUCCCAUCAAGCAGGACAUCAAGAAGGGUAAGCUGCGGUUCGUGGCCAACUGCUUCCCGCACAAGGGCUACAUCUGGAACUACGGAGCCCUGCCCCAGACCUGGGAAAACCCCGACCACAUCGAGCCCUCCACCGGCUGCAAGGGUGACAACGAUCCCAUCGAUGUCAUCGAGAUUGGCUACCGAGUGGCUAAGCGCGGCGACGUGCUGAAGGUCAAGGUGCUGGGCACCAUUGCCUUGAUUGACGAGGGCGAAACCGACUGGAAGAUAAUCGCCAUCGAUGUGAACGAUCCGUUGGCCUCGAAAGUCAAUGAUAUCGCCGAUGUGGACCAGUACUUCCCGGGUCUGCUUCGUGCCACCGUUGAGUGGUUCAAGAUCUACAAGAUCCCCGAUGGCAAGCCUGAGAAUCAGUUUGCUUUCAACGGCGAUGCCAAGAAUGCGGACUUUGCCAACACCAUCAUUGCCGAGACCCACAAGUUCUGGCAGAACUUGGUGCACCAGAGCCCCGCAUCCGGGUCCAUCUCCACCACCAACAUCACCAACCGCAACUCGGAGCACGUCAUUCCCAAGGAGGAGGCCGAGAAGAUACUGGCCGAGGCCCCCGAUGGCGGCCAGGUCGAGGAGGUGUCUGAUACAGGUAAGGUUCACUAUAUUAGAUCGAACUUAUAGCUGCUUCACCCGAUCCCAACCAAAAACACACUACUCCAACACACGCUUUAACCACCAGUAACUUGCAAACAAAUUGGUUACACAAACACAACCUGCACGCUUACUAAUAGCUACUUUAAUUGUCCAGUUAGCAAGCUAAAUUGAGAUUACUCCAUGCUGUAAAUACUGCUGAAACCCAAUUUAUGUAAUUGGCUUGCUUGCGUUCGUUAAUCGUUGUACAUAUACUUUAUACUGAAUGUUAUCCUGAAAUAAACCCUUUUUAUACCAAUUU